AUGCAUAAAGACUUCGUGAAGAUUCUGGUUCUGGAAACGGACGAGCCUCAUCCCGACACUCAACACGAGAAGGGAAGUUUCGCGGAUAUCUUCAAUCAUCUCUUCACCAAAGCUGGACAGAGUCAUGAUCCGCCGCUUGGGGUAGAACUCGAUCAACAUUUCGUCGUCGAUGACCCGGAGCACAAUCAUCACGGUCACGUUCCUCAUGCCUCCGAGAUUCCUGAAGACGUACACGCCAUUCUCAUAACUGGAUCCAUGUAUGAUGCACACGGCGAUGAUCCGUGGAUCGUUCAGCUUCGUGAGCUUGUCAAGAACCUCUGGACGACUAGGCCAGAGAUAAAGUUCAGCGGUGUCUGCUUUGGACACCAGCUACUUGCUCGUACACUGGGGGCUAAGGUUGAACCCACCCCCGGAGAGCGGUGGGAGCUAUCGCAUACAUCGAUGGACUUGACCCUGGUCGGCCAAAAGCUCUUCGUCACGAACGACAAAACUCUUACCGUCCAUCAGAUGCACCAGGAUCACGUUACGACUGUACCGUCAUCCGAGACCACGGACCUACUCGAUGCAGGGACCAAGGUACACGUCUGGGCAUCGACUGAACAUACGGAGGUACAAGGUCUGUACAUUAGAGAUCGGCUGUUUACUUCGCAGGGGCAUCUGGGAUUCGAUGAGAACAUGGUUCACAGGCAGAUUGAGCUCAGGCAGAAGUCUGGCGCCAUAGGGAAGAAAGAUUUGGAGCAGGUCCGGGAGGCUCAGGAGAAAGCACAUCUGGAGCAUGAUGGUGAGGUUGUGGCUGCGGCAGUCGUGAGGUUCUUCCAUGGUGAUGAUCAUGACAUAGACUAG